AUGUCCCCUCCGCCAUCUCCACCACCAUACGCUUGUGCCCCUGAUGCGCUCCCCGCGUACCUUCCCCCUAACGACUCGCUUCCCCCCUACAAGCCGUCUCUCGAAUACUACGGCCUAGCACUUAUCAAGACCGAGUUCACCACCCCCUAUCACUACAACACCCAUGACCGCCGCUGGAAGGCGGUGCUCCUCGAGAUCAACUCCACCCAGCUCAACAUCUACGCCCUCCGCGACCGCAAGUUGCUGGAGGUGGUGGUAUGUCUUUACAGCCAUCUCAAUUCGCUCAGCGAACUCAUAAAUGACGUCAACCACGACCAUGCACCCAACGACAAUGCGUCACGCAGCAGCAUCAACCUCGACAUUGGCGGCGACGCGUACGGCAACGAGCCGGUGCGCGAGCUGGUGGUGUCAGGGUUAGGCCGGCUCCGCAUGAAGCACAAGAAGUACCGUUCGGCCCGCACAUUGCAUGAUCUUGGCCGGUAUCUGCUGAUACUCGGCAAUAACGGGCUCCUCUUCGAGCCCACGACUUCCCGCCGCCAGUUUGACCACGUCAAGCUCCACUACGCCGGCGAUCUCGUGCUGUCGUACACCCUCUGUAACCUCCAGCUCGGCGAGGCCCCUUCGCUCCAUCAGUUGAUCUCCGCCAUGUACAAAGAAGAAAAAGACUGCAGCAACGCCGCCACCCUUGUGCGCUACCAAAACGUGUUGCGGUUGCGAAUCGAGUACAAGCAAGUGUUGCUCCAGUUCUGGUCAUUCCAUGCCAUGGUGCACUGGUUCCGCCAGUUGACUGUGGGCCGCGACUUGAGCUACCCGUUGGAGGCUCGUGUGGUGCUGCGGUUGAAGAGCAUUCCCUCGCGUGCCAGCUCCCGCAACAACGCCUUAUUGGUGGCUACAGCUGCUGCUGCGAGCUACCGCAGCAGCGACCGCCCGCAGGCGGGCCUCCGCCAGUUGGUGCCGUCCGAGGGCCUGUUUUUGGCGCUGGUAGCGGCCAAGGGAAGCGAUUUGCCGGUUUCUAUUUCAUCUGCCUCGUCGUCUGAGUCAGUAUUUGACACCACCAGCACCGCAACUGCUGUCACCGCCGCCACAGACCCCGAGCCCAAGCCGCUGAACACCACCAUAACCGUCCUCGGUCACCAGUUCGUGUCGUACGACGCCCAUCACACCACGGUAGAAAAACAGUACAUAUCCAAUUGCAUCCCCGACUUGAACUCCUACGACAAGUGGAACGGCAAGAGCCUCACCUUGAGCCACUACCAACUGUUCGUGGAGCACUCCAAGGGCAAGGUGGCCCAGCCUCUGCCCUCGGACGACUUAUUCAUAGGCUAUCCCACCUUGAUGGCAAACGCCAACACGUACGAAAAGGCCCAGGUGGAGCGGGGCGGCACAUGCCGCACCUUCUUGAUCCACUCGGGCGGUUUGGUCAGUGUGGGAGUCGAAUAA